UUCAUUCAUGGAAUUGCAUUGUAUUUCUUUUUUUUUGCUCUUUGUGAUAGUCAUCAUAACAAGUUUCUUAUCUAUAAAAACCAUAAAAACUAGGGUUCGAUUUUUUUUGGAGAUUAGUAACACGAUCAACAACCUCUCGACAUUGUUUUUUUUGCUACAUCCAUAACAGGAAAAUAGUUUUGUAAACAGCCUCCCCCUCAUGCACUGCUGGUAACAGCAUUUUUUACUUUCCCAAUAACACAAGUUCGUAAACAGCGCCAGACGAUUUGUACGAAGAAAAAUAAUAAGUGGGUGAAGUGACGUGUUUAUGAUCUGCUGAUGUCUGAAACACCGAUAGUCGUUUCAUUCUGUGCGCCGCUCGAUAUGGGCGGGUGUGAGUGAGUCAACUGCUCCGCCACCUGUGAUGCGAAUGGAUUUUCGUCUGAUGGUUGCUUGUUUACAAUCGUUCGAGUCAGUUAGUUCAAAAGCACGACGAGCCUCCGGAGCCUCCUGAGUUGGUGUUUUCUAAAAUUUGGUAGAGAAUUUUUCUCAUUCAUCAACGGAAAACGUCAGUGGAAGGAAGUGUUUUCAGAAGAGAGAAUGAAACUUAUUGCUGAAAAGUGGUGAAGUAUUGAAAAAAAGGACUAGUGAAAUUCUAGGUGCCAAGGCCAGUGAAAAAAAUCAUUUGUGAUUUGAAAGACUUUUGUUUAAAAACUAGACUCUGUUUAUCAAACGUAUAAAACAUUAUGCAGUAAAAAUAAUGCACAGUGAGUACAAAAAGUACAGCAAAUUCUGCGCGGGUGGCGGUUUGGUGUCGAUCCUUGGCUGGGUGGGAUAUGAGGCCUACCGGAUGCAUUCGGCGUUGAGCCAUUUAGUCGACACUCGAGUGCUGGAAAUUGACCGGAAGCGACCGGAUUAUAUUUACAUCAAACAUCACAUCUAUAGGCAGUCCCUGCUGGAACAGCUAGAACAGGAACGGCAGAACAGCAAGCUGGUGAAUGUUGUUGUACAUCCCUUCGGCAAGUGGUGGAGGACCCUGAAGCACUCCGUGGCCUGGCGCCUGCUACGAAUCGCUCAAAAGGGCGAGCAAAGCGAGCGCCUGAAGGCUAUCAAGCAGCUGGCUUUGAUUGAUCAUUUGAAAGGCAACUUAGUACAAGAUUGGGACUUCCAGCACUUGGCCCAGCUUUGCGAUGCCCAGACGGCGAUCUCUCUAGCGCGUUCGAACUGUGAUUCACGGUGGUUUCUACCACCACGGCAGUACGGUGUGGAAAAAGAAAUCCACGAUGUGCUGGGCGACAUCAAGCGUCUUAUCGAAAUGCUGAUUCCGGAUCGUUGCGCGGCGUAUGUGCUGGAACACACAUUUGCUGCCCACCAUAUCAAGGAACCGGUGGGUGAUGACGGAAUCGACUAUCGGCUCAGUCUUUCCCGCUUUGAGCAUGAACUGCUAAAGCAAGCUCUGAGUGCUCUGGUUCAUCUGACCAUUGCGAAGGAAAACUGUCGGAAGAUCAUCGAGGCGGGUGGAUUGCUGGCGCUUAUUGAAGCGGAAAAAUUGUUCAAAGACAACAUCGAUGUCAAGCUGAUUCUGUCCAGAAUCGUGGCCAACCUAUCCGUGUGCGGAGAUCGAGCGUACGACUUUUUCGCCAGUGGCUGGAUUAGCAUAUUGUCCCGCUGGCAGAAGGACAUCGACAUGCGGAUGCAGGUGACAACCGAUCUGACACUGUCGAACCUCGAUCGGGACGAUCCCAACUGCUUCAGCUAUGAGUCGAAUGUGUAUCCACUUUAUCCGAAGGGUCGCAGGAAACGGAAACCGGAUGUCGAUGUUGUGUUCAUUCAUGGUCUCUUAGGUGGAGUAUUUGUCACAUGGCGUCAGAAAGAUCUGAAGCCCCAGGCAGCCAGUCUACUAGGUAAGAAACAUUCAUCAGUAAAUCUAGUGUCCUCCGCUGUCACGCAAGGCAACGGAUCAGUUAGCAGCCCAUCGCCGACUGUGGGGGCAUCCCGCCGGGUCACCAGAUUGUUCCACUGGUCUGCGAAAAAAUCAUCCUUCGAUGAGGAAGGUGACCAUAGGCAGCAGCAGUUGUUAGCAGAGGAUCGCGCAGAAGAGGGAAUAGCACCGUACAAGGACGAACUGCUAACGCUGCAACCAACGCCACCAAAGCGGCACCCGUCGAUAAGCGAUACUGCCACCAAGGAGCUCAUACAAGCCCUCCAGGAGGAUGAACCGCUCAGCUCGGAGUGGUCGGUUAUCUUUCCCGAUCUUCCACUGGUUGCGGACGAAAAAUAUACCAGCCCUCGCGUGCGUAAUACCGAGGGCCGCUACAGUGUAUCCGGGGAAAAGUGGCUGCAGGAACCGCUCGGGGACGAAUCCGUGGGGCGUUCGUUCUGCUGGCCGAUGGAGUGGCUGCCGAAGGAUUUUCCCAACAUUCGCGUCAUUGGACUGAACUACGAUUCGUCGCUGUCGCAGUGGUCUGCCAGUGGUUGUCCGUGCGAAAAGUACGACGGCAAGCUGGAGAAGCGUGCAAUGGAGUUCCUGAAAAAGCUAGCGCAUUCAAACAUCGGCCAGGACCGACCGGUGGUUUGGGUUGGUCACUCGAUGGGGGGCUUACUGAUUAAAAGUAUUAUUGUACAGGCCGCCAGCAGUGGCGAUCCAGCCGUUCGACAAAUCGCUCAUAAUUCCCGUGCCAUUAUGUUCCUUGGAACGCCCCAUCGAGGCAGCGCAGUGGCCAAGCUGAAACAGCACACAUCCGCACUGGUUUGGCCAUCAGUAGAAGUUCGUGAAUUGGAGGAAAACUCGAAACAGUUGCUACAUUUGAACAAAACCUUUUUGAAGACGAUCUGCAGCUUCCGUCGAAAGCCGGAAAUCGUAAGCGUCUGCGAGGGACGGCCCACGGUGCUGACCUCGUUCAAGCUGGCCUUCCACAUCGUUCCGGAGCAGUCCGCCCGGAUUGACGAAGGGGACUUCUACCUGACCGGUGACGAUCAUCUUAAUCUCAGCAAACCGGUCUGCCGGCAGUCUUUCCUGUACCAGCGACUAAUCGGGACUAUCUGGUGUGCAAUGCAGUCCGCCAAAGAGUGCGGCAGGGAAACGGACGACGAGGAGAAACUUUCCGGUGGAAAAGGACAUGACAACGGUAAGAAGGGAAACUCGGUGUUCAAUGAUGUGUACCGGCGGUUGAAACAGAUGGACAAAAUCAAUGUGUUUCUCUAGUUGACGAGUUUUUUUGCUCGUAUUUUUAAACAUUCUUUUUGUUAUACAUAUAUUUAUUGCAAACUGAAGACAACACAAUGUAUACAUGAUGGUAUAUCUUAAAAUGGUUUUGUAUGUGACUCGGCUAAAACGUUCCGAAGAACGAAUGUAAACAAUCUAAGCUCGCUUUUAUUCUGAAUUGUUGAUUCUAAGUAAAAACAUCUAGUAUGCGUUGGCAGAGUGAGAAAGAACAUGAACGUGGUAUAAAUAUAAUGAAUUCACGAGUCCAAGCAAUGUUAUCAUAGUAGUCCAUGCGGAUGGCAGUUAUUAUUUGAAAUUUGAGAAAACUUUGUGAAUUAAUUUUCCGAUCCAUUUGAAUCAGCAGAAAUGUAGACAGUCUUCUCACCAUUUUACUUCAAAUUGUUCCAGGAAAGUAUUUCAAAUGGCUUGCCGGGUAUGCCGCCGGACAUCGCCUCAAGAAAGAUCAAGCAUCCAGUGUUAAGGUUCGGUUGACGCAACUUCGAAAAAAAUAAUCGCGAAUGGCGGAUGCUAAUUGGUGAGCAAGAUUUCUGCACUUUAUCGAUUUCCGUACAUUUUGUGAAACAAAAAAAUCUGAAUAUACGUAUAGUACGUAAUA